GUUCCAUUUGGCAUCAAGAUUCACCUUUUCUGUACAUGUUUAAUUGACGUUUUCAUUUGAAUGCUCCAUCAGGGACAUGUUUUGAGCUUCGAUGAACAGAUACAAUUGUUCAAUCAGACAGUUUCGAACUUGAAGGGUCAAUUCCAUAGCCUCGAAAGCUUCGAUUCCUACAUGUCUAGGUCAUUGUUCUUCGUCCAUAUAGGGGGCAAUGACCUUGCCUUGUACUGGGAAUUCGGAAAGUUACAAGAAGAGUUCUUUUCCGUGAAGAAAUACACUCGGCUCUUAUCGAACGAGUUGUACAGUCGAUUAGAGGCUAUGUAUGAGCUAGGAGCAAGGAAAUUCGUUGUGAACAACGCAUUUCCAUUCGGCUGUCAGCCUGUAAAUCUUCACCAAAAAACGAACGACACUUCAUUUUUGGAAGAUAUGAAUGAAAGAGCAGCUUUAUUCAAUGGACGCCUCCAUAAGAUUCUGAGAAAACUCAACAAGUCCUUGAAAGGAUCCACAUUCGUGCUGUUUGACAUGUACAAAUUGUUUGAAGACGUUCUUGCUCAGCCCGCAGCAUACGGAUUCACGAACAUAAAUGAUUCGUGUUGCAUCGAUGUAGCGGGGGAUCAAUCGCGUACGUGCCUCCCGAGCAGUGUUCCUUGCUCCGACAGAAAAAGCCAUGUGUUCUUCGACCCGUUCCAUCCCUCCGAGAGCAUUCAUUUCUUAUGGUUCAGGCGGUUGUUCCAGGAUAACUUACUUGAAUAA